GUUCGUAUAUAUUUGCCCUCCUUGAAAUUGCUAUUCGGUUCUAGGCAUUGGAGCAAUGGUGCGAACCCAACGGCCUGCAACUAAACCCAAGCCGCCGGGAGCGGCAGUGAAGUUGGAGCAGCGGCGGUUGAGCAGCGCUGAUCGCUCAGCUUACUUCGCAAGGAGAGAAGCCUCCAAGGUCUUACGAACCGUUCUCCAAGGUGAUGCUCGGCGGCGAGCAGCUUGCUCUAUCAAAUCCAUCGUUUACGGUCCCUCAGUUAGGAACAAAAGGGCAACUUUCGCUCUGGUUUGCCAAACCCUGAAGCACCUUCGCAUUAUCAAGGAAGUGUUGGAGUCUGGCAAUAUACUGAACAGCAAGUGGAAGAAACAGGAGGAGCUGAUGUACAUAAUGACGUAUGAUAUUCUAUUUGGAAAGGAAGCUUCAUUGGUUGGUGGUGAUGCGGAGAAGUUUCUCACGGGCAGGAAAGGGUCGAUACAGUCUGCUCUAGCAAGACUUCUAGUGAGCAAAAAGGUCAAGCACGUUGAUGAUUUGAUUGAACUUUACCAACCUCCUGAUAUUUCAAAACCGUGUUUUGUUCGUGUAAAUACUCUGAAAGUGGAUGUGGAUUCAGCCUCACGUCAACUAAGCGAGCAGUUCAAGGUUGAGAGAGAUGCGUUGGUUCCUAACUUACUGAUACUCCCACCGAAUACCGAUUUGCACAGUCAUCCUCUUGUCUUGGGCGGAAGUGUCUUCGUGCAAGGAAGGGCAAGCUCAAUGGUUGCGGCAGCUCUUGAUCCCAGACCUGGCUGGCAAGUAUGGGUUCAUGGUUAAGUUUUGUUCGUUACAUAAUGCAGAUAUGCAGUUUCUUUCUUUGCGAUCUUCUUGUGCAGGAUAUCUUUUUUCUUUUCUCUCUUUUGCAUUUGCUAAAAAUUAAUCUGGGAGAAAUAGCUGUAUUAUGGCGAUGAUCUUUUAGCGUGGUUACGCUGUUAAAUGACACAGCUCGACCAUAUUUGAAUUUUUCUCUCUUUUUCAUUAGGACACAGGUACGCUGUUGAACUUUAACUGAAAGUUGAAGUAGGAAAAUCUAUGCAAAAUAGAGGCAUUUUUAUGCACCUGAGCAAAUGACAAUGAAUAGUUUGGGUUAUUUAUCGUCUAAUUUUCUACCUUCUGUAAAGGUUAUUGAUGCUUGUGCAGCGCCGGGAAAUAAAACUGUUCACCUAGCUGCCCUCAUGAACGGAAAGGGAAAGAUUGUGGCAUGUGAACUGAACAAAGAUAGGAUUAAACGCCUGGAAGAUACUGUUAAACUUUCUGGAGCUAGAAAUAUUGAAAUUUUUCAUGGUGACUUCCUGAAUCUGGACCCACAUCAUUCUUCCUUUAGCCAGAUCCGUGCUAUCCUUUUGGACCCAUCUUGUUCUGGAUCUGGUACUGCUGCGCAGAGAUUAGACCAUCUACUACCUUCACAUUCUACUCAUGAUGAUGACACAGAACGACUGAACAAGCUUGCUGGUUUUCAGAAGAAGGCCUUGAUCCAUGCCCUAUCUUUUCCUUCCGUUGAAAAAGUAGUAUACAGCACGUGCUCAGUUAACCGAAUUGAGAAUGAGGAUGUGGUUAGUUCUGUUCUCCCUUUGGCUUCAUCCCUUGGCUUUGAGCUGUCAACUCCCUUCCCUCAAUGGACUCGUCGUGGUCUUCCUGUUCUCCAAGGCUCUGACCACUUACUCCGGAUGGAUCCAGCUGAAGACAAAGAAGGCUUCUUCAUUGCUCUUUUCACCAAGAAAGCCACCUGCAUUGAUAGCUCACAAGCAACUUCCGGUAUAGAGCUUCCUAAAGCUGUUUCGAGUUCGUGUUUCAAAAAGUAUGGCUGCAUAGAGAAGAAACGGCCUGUGCCUUUCUUGGUAUGGAAUAGAAUGUGGAGAUUUUCUUCUUUAGCUUGGCAAAGAAGAAGGGCACUGCAACAUGAUCAUCGUCCGAAAGAGUAAUAAACACCUGGUCUUUAGUGCUGAGUUACAUCAAAGGAUGACUACAAUGCUGUCUGCAAAUGCCUGAUUGAUUCACCUUAUCAUAGGUUCUUUUAUUCUCCCCUCCGGAAGCGCCGAGGAAGGGGGCGAUAGUUUGUGGUCGAGUUAACUCAAGCUGUCUUUCUAGCGGUAUUCACAGUUUGCAACAAAGUUUUGUUCUUGGACUCGUGUACGGAUGUUGAGAAUAUUAAAGGUGCGCCUAUUUUGUCAUUUGCAUGCUUAACUUUCCAUAUAUGUGACUGGACUAGAGUGCUGCAAUUGAUCGGAUAAAACUGAGAAGUCAAAAAGUAUACAUGUCGAUUGAUUUUGCGUUUAAUAGCUUACGUUUUAGUACUUUUAGAUCACCAAAUAUUUCUAUGUAGUGAGGUAAAUAGGAUUUCAUUCAAGG